GCCGCGAAAAAUAUUUGCGAUGUUUAUGGACCUAGUGCAGUGUCUGUGAGAGUAGCACAAAUUUGGUUUAAGCGUUUUCAAUCCGGAAUUUUUACUAAGGGGUCAAUUCUCUUCAUGUCAUCCCGUACCUUCGGUGUUACUUUGUCUCACUUCAUUCAGUUUUAUUUAAUUUCGCUCCAUUUCCAUUUUGAAACAAUAGAUUUAGGCUUUUUUAUAAUAUUUUGUUGUAUGGGCUAGAUUCCCUUUGCAUGUCCAAAGGACUACUGAAAAAUGUGUGAUAUCUUAAAGUGUCAUAGAUAGGUUGCAAGGUUAAAAUUGUAUUUGUUAGGUCCAGAAAAUUGAUAUUUCUUACACAUAAAUUGAAUACUUUAUUCUGUGAAUAGUAUUACAGUAUGUUGGAUUUGAUGUGAUAUUAUCUGAAGAUCUACGAAAUUUGAACUAUUUGUACCAAAGAAAGGUACAAAACAUUCAUUUAAAUGGAUACUAGAAAAAAGAGGCAAGUUGUUUGUAUGGCUUCAGAUUUCUUUUACCCGAAUACCGGAGGUGUAGAAGAGCAUAUAUUUAAUUUGUCACAAUGUCUCAUUAAACGAGGCCACAAAGUCAUAGUACUAACUCACUCUUAUGGCGACAGAGUCGGUAUCCGAUAUUUAACCGCAGGCUUAAAAGUUUACUAUUUACCUAUUAGAGUAUUUUAUGCCCAGUGCGUAUUGCCAACAAUGAUAUGUAAUAUAGCUUUAAUAAGAAAUAUAUUGAUAAGAGAAUGCAUUGAAAUAGUUCAUGGUCAUUCUGCUUUUAGUGUUUUGUGUCAUGAAGUAUGUAUUAUAGGCAAAUUAAUGGGAUUAAAAACUGUAUUCACUGACCACAGUUUAUUUGGGUUUGCUGACACAUCAGCUGUACUGACAAACAAGUAUUUACAAAUAUGUCUCAGUGAGAUUGAUCAUUGCAUAUGUGUAUCUCACACUGGCAAAGAGAACACAGUGUUAAGGGCCAAAGUUCAAGCUCACAAAGUUUCGGUGAUCCCAAAUGCAGUUGAUGCAUUUUCUUUCAUUCCUGAUCCAUGCCAAAGAGAUCAAAAAUUUAUAACCAUAGUCAUAGUCUCAAGAUUAGUGUACCGAAAAGGUGUUAAUCUCAUGGCUGCCGUUAUAGCAGAUAUGUGCCCACGGUAUCCAAACUUAAGAUUCAUCAUAGGUGGAGAUGGUCCUAAGAUGUGGCUACUACAAGAAGUCCGAGAAAAAAUAGGUUGUCAAGAAUCUGUUAGAUUGUUAGGCAGCUUAAAACAUUCAGAAGUUAGAAAUGUUUUAGUGAAGGGUGACAUUUUUUUAAAUACAUCACUGACAGAAGCAUAUUGUAUGGCUAUAGUAGAAGCUGCAGCUUGUGGACUAAAAGUUGUUUCUACAAAAGUAGGAGGAAUACCUGAAGUACUACCAGAAAGUAUGAUCUAUCUUACGGAGCCAAAUGUAGGCAGCCUGGUCAGAGGAAUUGAGAAAGCAAUAACUGAUAUUAAAGAAGGAAACAUAAUGUGUCCAUUUAAAUGCAAUAGACUGGUUCGAGAGAUGUACAGUUGGAUGGACAUUACAAAAAGAACUGAGAUAGUUUAUGAUAGAAUAUUACUAAACAAAAAUAAACCACUAGGGCAACAGUUACGUAGCUACCUUAAUUCUGGUGUUUGGCCCUUUCUAUUAGUGAUAAGUUUAAUGUAUAUAUUACUACAAUUAACUGAGAGAAUUUAUAAAAGGAAGUAUAUUGACAAAGCAAGAGACUUAAGACUAUAAUAUUUAAUUUCUAAGGUAUUGUUUAAAAAACACCAUGAUAUCUUUUAUGUGAAUGUUUAAAUUUGAGCAAAGAAUAAAUCUAGUAAUAUAAUUUGCAAUUUAACUUAAAAUACUCUAAUCACUGGACUAUAGAUGUCCACUGUAGGCUUCCCAAAGUUCACUGCAAUGGCCAAGGCUGCACCCCCAUAACCAACAGUUCAUCAUGUAACAGAAUGUUAUUCAAUCUGGAAGUCAAUUUGGCUUUGUUCCAAUCCGCAUCUAUGCAUCAACAAUCGAAUCAUGCAAAAACAUAACAUAGGUACUGUUGGUAGAGCAUCUUGUGAGUCUGCAUGAGCCUGCAGAGCUUGCAUAAGCCCACACAUUAAUACCAACAAGCAACAUAACAUGUUAAGACCACCCUUCCUAUUUCUGCUGUAAAGCAGUAAUGUGUUUUGGUUUGAAGGGUGGGGCAGUUAUUUUACUGUAAAACGAAGACUUACAACGCAUACCUCAUGAUGGAUGGUGACAUUAACAUUUUAGAUGUUUAUUUAUGGGCUUCAGUGACCAGUUAACGCCAGGUGGGCCAUAAACUCGUCCAUAAAAACCGCAAUAAAAUAUUUUAUAUACAUGGAUAAGGAUACAUGGAAAGGACAGUUUCUUUAGUUAAAAUGACACUAAACUACUUCCUCAACAUACACUAAAAUUAUAUUGUUGUUUUUUUAUUAAGCUAAACAUAUACUUGUCGUUUUAAGAAUAUUUGUAUCAUGUGAAUCAGUCAUUACUAACACAGCCAUUGGAUAAUAGAUUUGCACGUCUUACAUUAUGUGUAAUCAAAUACAUUUUCAAUUGUGAUAAUAUUGUAUUGUGUUACCGAUGUUACUACCAAUCUUCUUCAUUUUCAGACCCAAUGAUUUUUAUCAUAUUUAUGAUAAAACGAAUAAAGACAAAACUUAGUUUUGGAAUGAUUUAUUUUUAAACUGAGUUAGCAUAAAGCUAAUAACUAAUCCUUCAACUAGUUAGCCAUUACAUAGUAAAUACAAAAUAAUUUCAAUAAAUAACAAGGCUCUAAACCACUAUUGUGUUUUGCUUGAACAUUAUUAAUAUUGGCCUGUCUUAUAUUUAUAAAAAUAAUUAAUGUGAUCUUCGAAAGCGGACUGAUAAUAUAAUAAGAUAUUAUACAAACUGUGAUGUUAUUUCAAGCCCUGUGAACAAAUAAAUUUAUAUUAAUUGUUAUUAAUAAAAUAAAUUAUAAUAAAGUUAUUUUGAGGAAA